AUGCCCUCGCGGCUAAACUCGUCGACCAUGGAUCGCCUGCUCGCGGACGAGACGAUCCUUCGCAUCUUUGGCUACCUCGAUGCCUUGGAUCUCGUCCGUCUCCAGGCGGUCAGCUCGCAUUUCCGUGCGCUUGCAAAGGACCGCCAUCUGUGGAAGCGUCUCUUCUUCUUCGCUUUUGUCCAUCCCACCUUGGCUUCGGGGAGCUCCGACAGUGCCCGAGAGGCCCCCCUCCUUCCGACCCUGCGCGAGCUCAGAUCUUUGCUCCUGCACCAGCACCUCCCCAUCGGCAAGUACAUCCCGGGGGACGGAACGAACAGGAUAUCCCGCAUCCCGCAACGCUUCUAUGCAAGCCAGCCAGGCCUCGAUCACCCUGCUCGAGACUCGCUUACCUCGGACGAGUCGGAUGACAGGAUUGCGGACCGGCACCUCGACUGGGAGCAAAUCUACCGCGUGUCGAGCAAGUGGCAGAAUGGCAACUUUGUCGUCUCCCGACUGCUCUCUGCCAGCACAAGCCGGUCUGGAGGGCCGCCGCCCAAGGCGGUGCAAGAACAGGCGAGAUCUACGCGGCUUGAAAGCCUGCCCACAAUCGUAAGGAUGUCGAGCAACUUCAUCUUCACCGCUGCGCAGUGUGACGAUCCAGAGGUCCUCGUCUAUCCUUGCGACAAUGAACCUUCGCGCGCCGAACAUCCCCCAUCUUCUGCGCCUGUUCCGUCCCAUGGCGACUUGCACGACAGGACACCGAUCGCGCGCAUCUCCUCGCCGAGUCUGCAGAGGCUGAUGUCGCAGCGGCCUCUGGAUGGAGAACUGCAUCGCGCCCGCAUCACCGAGAUCGCCGUCGAUGCUGCAUCCGUUGACACAGCCUCCAAACCAAUCUCCUCCGACGCUCGGAAGCGCAAGUAUCGAGAGACAGCCGAGCUCAACGCUGGCUCAGUCGCCACGGUCGUCGUUGCUUACUCGUCUGGACAUGUCGGCAUCUUUUCUUUGAAGAGACGUGGGCCUGCGGGACACGUAGGUACACAAGUCGACGAGCUGGCAUUCCUAGACACAGGGACCUUCUCGCCGGGCACACACAUCUGCAUGGCUGCUCUGCAUUCUCCCGCCCUGGUUCUGUGCUCUUCCAGAUUCGACAUUAGCUUCUUUCGCAUCGCAUCCUCUCCCACGGGAAGCCUCAAGCUCGAGAUGGUCCAGAGACUCUCGAGCUUCCGUUGCAGCUGGCCGGCGUCGCUGCGCCUCAAGCCUCUGCCCUACCACCACGCUCAGUCCAAACGGCCCCGGCGAUGGUCCCGAUCUCGCUCUUCGGAACGUGCAGACCGAGAAGAGCAUGAUCAAGAGGUGGCUUUUAGGGCCACUGUGGCAUAUUCUUCGCCGAGCUAUCCGUCGUCCUGGAGCGUGUCGGUCCAGGAGAUCGUGAUACAAUUUCAUACGAGGCGGCCUCAAGCGGCUGCACAGGUCAGCAGCCGACACGCGACAGCCCGGCAUUCAUUCAGGCCGACCCCUUUGGACCUCCGAGGCCGAUCCAUGCUCGGUGGGGGAUUCUCUGCACUUGCCCCUCCGGGUGGCGCUGCUCAGCGUGCCGAUCUCGACGCAGCGAGCCGGAGCCGCACGACGACCCUUACGUACGACGAUCCGUUCGUCGUAGUUGGAGCGAGCGACAACAUGCUUGAUGUAUAUGAGCUUGUGGGCGCCACCACGUACGUACGUCAAGGCGUGCCGACUUUGGGCGCUGCGCGCUCUGCCACCGCCACGCCGCUGUCAUCACGAGAGGCGCUGCAGCUCGUCCAUCGGCGCAGACUACACGGCCACACGGGCAGCGUGCAUAGUGUGGCACUAGAGGAUGGCCGAUGUGUGAGCGGCGGUGCGGACGGCAGCGUCAUGGUGUGGAGUCUCGGCGACCGGGCGAACGACACCGAGUCGAUCGCGAGCUUCAUGCGCAAUACCCGCGCCACUGCCCGCGGUGCGGACAACGCGAGUGCAGCGAUGGACGAGGAAGACGCGGAGCAGGCGGCGUCGAGUAUGACGCAUGUGCUGACGCUGCGCACGCCCGUGGAGGCGGAAGACCGAGUGCAGGUAGCGAGGACCCAGGCGCAGACGCCGCAAGCAGGACUGUCGCUCAGCCAGAUCGUGCGCAGCCGUGUGCUGGAUCGCCAGGCCAGGGGCGUCAUUAGAUGGGUAGCGACCGCUUUCGACAAGAUCGUCAGCGUAGUGGCGUACAGCGAUGCCUCGAGGACGUGCCAUGCCGAUGCGUCGGAAGAAACGGCGGGGCAGGCUCGCGAGCGUAUCCAGGUGUGGAGCUUCGGCUGA